AUGGGGGGCAAAGCGGAGGAUCAGGACCCGGACCAGGAGGGCUCCCUAGAAGCGAAUCCCCGCGCCACGCUGCUUGGGGAGCGGGUGGCGCGCAGCUUGCGAGUGGAGCCGGAGCGCUGGGCGCGUUGUCUGGAAUCUCCCGAAGCGCGGCUGCUGCUGAGCGCUUUCCUGGAUACCGAGCCAGCCGGGCGGCUUCUGUUUGUCACUCAGGGGGCAACGGGGCAGUUGGCGCUAGCCGAGGAGCUGGUUUUAGCGCCCACCGCUGGUCGCGCCUCCAAAGGGGUCUUCCUGCUGCGCCUGGCAUCCGGACCCUUGCGCUCACCUCCCGACCCCCGGCAACUGCUUUAUGGAGACCUGUCGGUAGCCACCCUUGACCAGGUGGCCACGCUGGUGGAAGAGGUAAUGAUGCGUCUCUUGGUGAACCAGAGAAACCACCACAAUUGGCCCAAUGUAGUAUCCCAAGAUAUCAUUAAUCAUGUCUGUUGUCUGAAAAGGAGUGUUUUUGUGAUGGUUGGCCAAAUUAGAGGAAAAACAUUGCUAUCUCUUCCUAUUGAGCCUGAGAGGGAGAGAUACAUUAACUCUGACAAUGAGAAAAAUGCUGAACUGGUAGAUAAGUCUAUUAUUCAUGCAAUUGAGUCUUCUGUUAUUGAAUGGACCCACCAGAUCCAGAACGUUCUUAAGAGACAGUCUUCAGAACUGCUUUUGCAGGGCAAAGAUCCCCAUCCAAAGGUGGAGUUGGAUUUUUGGAAAAAUAGAUAUGAGGAUUUACAGUGUAUUUAUAGCCAACUAAAGGCUAAAAGAAUUUUGACUAUGUUAGAGCUACUAGAGAAGGUGCAAAGCACUUACUUUCCAGCAUUCAAAUCCAUCUUCAGUGAUGUCGAAGCAGCUUUGAUUGAAGCCCAGGAUAUAAAUAUGCACCUAAAGCCUCUUCAGCGCCCACUGGAAGAAAUAGAAAAUGUGGAAUUUAAUGAGGUGAAACCAUUAUUAAAUUGCAUACUUCAUAUAGUAUGCUUAAUAUGGGGCACUUCAAAAUAUUACUGUGCACCUGCUAGGAUAAUUGUGCUUCUUCAAGAAAUCUGCAAUCUUCUUAUUCAGCAGGCCAAGAAUUUCCUCAGUCCAGAAGAUCUACUUAAAGGAGAAACAGAAGAAAGUCUGAAUAAAGUUCAGAAAGCUUUUAAUGUUUUUGACUACUUUAAACAAAUUUUUGAAGAAAGAAGAGAACAUCUUAACAAUUAUUUCCAGCCAGGACAAGAAGUAAAGCAAUGGGAUUUUCCUCCUGUAAUGGUUUUUGCACAACUGAAUAACUUCCUAGAGAGGCUUCAUGUAGUACAUGAUCUUCUGAUGACAGUUCUGGACAUAGAGAAACUGGAGAAGCUGGAAUUUAGUGGCAUAAAAGGCAAAGCUCUGAGUCAACAAGUCCUGAGUAUGCAUGAAGAAUUCCAGGAAAUGUAUAAAGUAUUUUCAGAACGGACGUACGACUGUCUGGAUGUGGCUAAUACGGAGUUUGAGAAUGAUGUUUGUGACUUUAAGAGCAAAAUGGAAGAUAUUGAUCGGCGGUUGGGAACUCUCUUUGGCCUAGCCUUUGAUGACGCUGCUAGUGUGGAGCAUGCAUUCAAGCUGAUAGACAUUUUUGGAAGCCUCCUGGAUCGACCAAUGAUAGCAGCAGAAGCCUAUGAUAAAUAUAAUCUUCUCAUCACAAUGUUUGACAAAGACCUUGAUGAUGCUAAAUUGAUUUACCUUAAAUGUAUUGAGGAGGUGACAGACACAGGGUAUUCACCAGUGCAUAAGAAUAUGCCUUUGGUGGCUGGAGGGGUUCAAUGGGCUCAGGAACUAAAACACAGGAUCAGUAUCCCAUUUAGUAAUUUCAGACACCUCAGUUAUUG